GUGAGUCCGCACCCCUCUAUCCCCUCUAUGCGCAUCUUUGCUCUGCGCCAAUCCGCAUCAUACCCCUCCUCUCGACCGAGGACACUCGUUUGAGGCCUGCCGCUCACCCCCCCGCACUAAGAAAACAAUUCCUCUUCUGUCCGUCCUCAUGCAGCCGUCGGUAGACGUCGCCGUACCUGCAGACAAAAGGGAGGGGAACAGCUCCAGGGGUCAGGCUGUACGGUACGGUACGCCAGUGUCAACUGACGCCUCCUCGUGCCGUACGUACUUGACUUGGAAGUCACUCCUGCCGGCUCGCAGCGCAGCCUCAUCCUGGCCGUAUUCAAGCAGCCACAAACGGACAGCACGACUGUUGCUUGCAUGUGUGUGUCGGCUUAAGAUGGCUAGCUUACGAAGUAUGCGACGGGUCGUGAGCUGCACAUCAUGUGAUGGACGAGGCGAACCGGAUGGUUCAGACAGUAGCACAGGAACCCACACGCAGCGGCAACAGAGCGGCCCACACCCGCUGAAAGCAAAACGCCAUAAAAAGGCAAUAAUAUGGUGGUACUUGACGACAGAGCACUCUCACCGUUGCAGUGCACGUAAACAGCGUGGCCAUUCUGGAUGAGUGCCCCUAGUAUGAAUGCCGCCUGAGAGUAGGAAGGUCAUCACGUUCACACCCAAUCUAUCUCAUCCGUGUGAUGGGGAGUCGGUGGGCCAGUGAGCGAAUGAGCCAGGCCACCUACCUGCGGCAACAUGUUCGCUCUGUCUUGUGUCGACAUGUCAGUGGUGGGAAUCCACACAUAGGCAAGUGAGUACUCCUUGAAGAGAUCAUAAAUCACCUGCGGCGUCCUGCAACGCAGCAAGGUCGGCACUUAUCAGUCAAUCAGAUCAACAAGCGCUCUUUCAAGCGGGCGUGGAGGCGUCGAGAAGGUGGGAGGCCCGUGGAGUGCACUUGAGUGGCGUACCUCUUGUCCCACUCAGGAAAGUGCUCAGGGUCGGGGAAGUUGUUCUUGGCGUCUGAUGUGAUUGAUAGGGCCGUCAGUCAGCACAAACAAGGGUUGACAUCCAUUCCGUCCUCGCCGUCCAGCUGUUCGAGUGGCUUGCCUGCCGGCCUACCUUCAUGGGUCUGAAAGUUGAGCAGGCAGGUGACUUUCAGCUCAUCUCGUAGCUUCUCGAUAUGCCGGCGGCUUCGAGGGCAGCUGCCUACCCACAGGUUAUCACUCACACGAUUGUAGUGCAUGUCAUUUCUCUCCUGCACGCAACGACACCCACACACCACACAUCUGUCCUCUCCCUCUCCAUGUGAGCGCGUGUGUUUUGUGUGUGUGUUUUGUGUGUGUGUGUGUGUGUCCAUUACCUUGACACUGUUGUAGAACCUCGUUGUGUGACUGUAUUCGCUCAUGCCCUGACUUUCCAUGAAGUGGGUCGGCGGCAGCAGGAAAACACCAUCAAAAACCUUCACAUCUGCACACACACGAGCAGGCCCGGCCCGCCCGGGCACAAGGGCAAUCGAAUACAUACAUGUGCAGCACGCACUCAUUGCAGCCAGCCAUGUACCUGUCCGCUUCUUUUUCCUCGUACCUUGUUCACUUGCUGGCGUGGACAGCAUCUCCUUGCCAUCCCAUUUCCGGUUGUCAUGGCUCCCAUAGCCCUCCCACUCCCAAUUGGCGCCUGGUGACAGACAGACAGACAGACACCGAAUGGCACACUCUAUCCGUCAGUCAGUCCGUGUUUGGUGGCUACUUGGAUUUGUUUUGCGCACGAACUUGUACUCGAAGGGUACGCUUAGGUCGUCGACGGCGAUAUCAGCAGACCAGAACGACGGCUCCAUGCUCUUGGGAGGCGACGAUGGCGACAUGGACGGACACUCCGACACCUUCCAGCUGCACUUGCGGCCCGGACGGGGGGAUUCCAACACAGCACAUGUUUCACCACAUGACGGUCAUACAUACGGCAUCAUUGCCGCCUCAUGCAAUGCAUGUCGUCGUCGUGCAUAAUCGCUCACCUGCCAAGCUCAGGCAGCGACCCCACAACCGCAAUCGAAGUCCCUGCUCUCAACCACAGACAGAUGACAGACACCAUGGGCAAUCAGCAGUGCAUGCAUCCAUAUCCAUCAGAUCUGACCUGGAGGGACAAAGGAUAUGACACUGAACCUGACCUUCAUUGACUUUCUCCUCAGUGAGCACUGGACCGAAUAGAGAUCUGCACACAACAAAUCAAUAACACAAGUGAGAAUUUCAAUGCAAACACGUGCAGCAGACGGUUUGGUGUGCUGCUUACCUUGCCUUCCGCUGUUGCAAAAGAGCUCGCACAU